AUGGCUCGCCGCUUUCUCAAACACAGUUCAACUGCUGACAACGAGGCCAAUGCGAAGCAGGUCGAUGUCAGCGGCAUCGUAAAAGGAGUUAUUGAUGAUAUUCGUACCAAUGGAGACUCUGCCAUCCGCAGGUAUUCUAAGAAGUUUGAUAAUUGGUCCCCGGAAACUUUCAAGCUAUCCCAGGCCGCAAUUGAUGCAGCAAUUGCUGCAGUACCUUCGCAAACUAUCGAAGACAUCAAGACAGUCCAGUCAAAUGUUAAGGAUUUUGCGCAAGCACGGAGAGACUCAAUCCGUGACUUUGAGCUGGAGACUCAACCUGGUGUCUUCUUAGGCCAGAAGAAUGUGCCUAUCUCAGUUGCCGGAGCUUAUAUUCCAGGCGGUCGAUAUCCUUUGCUGGCUUCCGCGCAUAUGACCAUUCUUACCGCAAAAGUCGCUGGGGUACCUCGCGUCAUUGGCUGCACACCUCCUAUUGCAGGCCAAAUCCCCAACUCAACUGUUGCGGCAAUGCAUCUAGCGGGUGCCGACGAGAUUUUAAUUCUAGGAGGUAUUCAGGCCGUUGCCGCUAUGGCCAUCGGAACAGAGUCUAUACAGAAGGUCGACUUUAUCGCUGGACCUGGCAAUGCUUUUGUGGCCGAAGGGAAGAGACAACUCUUUGGAGAAAUCGGAAUUGAUCUCUUUGCGGGUCCCACUGAAAUUCUCAUUGUCGCGGAUGAGACGGCAGAUCCUUUCACAGUUGCAACUGACAUUCUGUCUCAAGCGGAACAUGGUCCAGACACACCAGCAGUCAUCCUCACCACAUCUGAGGAAGUUGGGAGGAAAUCAAUGGAGAUCAUUGACGAGUUGCUGAAAGAGCUUCCCACUGCGCAACUGGCCGGAACUUCCUGGAAUGCCUUUGGUGAGGUUAUCGUUGUCGACAGCCUUGAUGAAGCAUGGAGAGUGGCAGAUGAAUAUGCCAGUGAGCACGUCCAAAUCUUUACAAAAAAUCCCCGAGAAGCCCUAGAGAAGACGAAUGCAUAUGGUGCGCUUUUUCUGGGCGAAAAGACUUGUGUAUCGUAUGGAGACAAGGUCAUUGGAACAAACCACGUCUUGCCUACGCGGAAGGCCGCCAGAUAUACCGGGGGCCUUUGGGUUGGUAAGUUUCUCAGAACAGUCACUUAUCAAGAAGUUAAAGACACUCAAGCAAGUGGCGAGUUAGGCCGCUUGUGUGGCAGAGCUGCUAGAGCGGAGAACUUCGAAGGUCACGCACGGUCUGGCGAUCUCAGGGCACAGAAGUAUCUCUCAGAUGAUUAUUCUUGGAUAACAAAGUCGAAAGACAGUUUAAAAACUUAG